UUUCCCAGUCACGUGUCCUCUACGUUCCGUCUGGAAAAUCGUGUGGAAUAACCACGUCCCGCUAUUAAUAACUACUCACCACAGUACACGUCUGUUUUUUUUUUUCUUUUGGCACCCGUUCGCAGCAUUGUGGAGGUCGCGCUGACUCGUAUUUAAGCUCAGCCACUAUGGAGGACGUUUGGACGUUUACGGACUUCGAAUCCCACCAGGAAGCCUCUUGGCCGCUCUUGUCCACCGGCAGCAGUUAGCAUCUGUUUCCUUCUUAAACCAGUGCCUUAAAUGUCGUUUUUUGAUAGAAGAUAUAUACAAGUAUGCACGUUUUAGUUUUUCUUACCGAAUAAUUCAUCGUUUAUGGUCUUAAUAAUCGCCGUAACGACACGCUAAUAAGCAGUCCAUCGACCUCAGUGGUGCCUUCAAUGUCACAUCUUUGCCAUUCGCCAUGACUGGAAGAAGCUUUUGAGUUUUUCUUUUAGUACACCCGAUUACAAUUUUCAUCGACUAUGAAGGCGUCCCUGGCCCCCGGCAUUCGGCUUAUCACGUCUUUCUCUCGGGACAGCUGGUAUCGAGGCUUCAUUCUUCUUCUUACCUUCCUUUUCUACACCGCCUACCACCUGUCACGGAAGCCCAUCAGCAUUGUGAAGAGUGAACUCCACAGAAACUGCAGUGGCCUCAUCCACCCGGCCGACUUGAACAUCACCAACAAUGUCACAUGGUGCAACUGGGCUCCCUUUGACCAGGACAACUAUAAGACACUCUUCGGCGUCUUAGACAACUCCUUCCUGGUGGCCUAUGCCAUCGGCAUGUUUUUCAGCGGGAUUUUCGGAGAGCGCCUACCGCUCCGUUACUACCUGAGCGUUGGCAUGCUGAUGAGCGGUCUGUUCACUUGUCUGUUCGGCUUGGGGUUCUAUUGGAAAAUCCACUCCUUGGGCUACUAUGCCGUCAUUCAGGUGUUCAACGGGUUGAUGCAGACCACCGGGUGGCCCGCCGUGGUAGCCUGCGUCGGCAACUGGUUCGGAAAGGGGAAGCGCGGCUUCAUCAUGGGUGUGUGGAAUUCGCACACGUCAGUCGGCAACAUCCUGGGCUCGCUCAUCGCCGGCGUUUUCGUGUCGUCGGCAUGGGGACUGUCCUUCAUUGUGCCGGGCCUCAUCAUCGCCUCAACAGGAGUUCUGUGCUUCUUCUUCCUGGUCGAAAAACCCGAGGACGUGGACUGCAGUCCUCCGCAGCAUCAUAAUGACUUGGAAAGUGGUGAGACAGAGCCUCUCCUGCAGAGUCCGUCUCACGUGGCCAACGGUUCCAUCACCGCCGCCCCCGUCGAGAUGCCGGAGAUUGCUGCCGGGCGCUCGGAGGCCAUCAGCUUCUGCGGAGCACUCAGUAUACCCGGCGUGGUGGAGUUUUCGCUAUGUCUGCUCUUCGCCAAGCUGGUCAGCUACACCUUCCUCUACUGGCUGCCACUCUACAUAUCCAACGUCGCGCAUUUUGAGGCUAAAGAAGCAGGAGACAUGUCCACGCUUUUUGACGUGGGAGGAAUUGUGGGCGGCAUUAUGGCGGGUCUCGUGUCCGACUACACGGGCGGUAGAGCCACCACGUGUUGUGUCAUGUUGCUGGCUGCUGCACCCAUGCUAUUCCUUUACAACCACAUCGGACAACGGAGCCUCGGCACGACCAUAGGCAUGCUCUUGGUUUGUGGUGGCCUUGUCAACGGACCUUACGCCCUCAUUACUACUGCUGUAUCGGCCGACCUGGGCACACACGAGAGUCUGAGAGGCAACUCCAGAGCGUUGUCCACGGUGACGGCCAUCAUCGACGGGACGGGGUCCGUGGGCGCCGCGUUGGGGCCGCUUUUAGCCGGGCUGAUAUCGCCAUCGGGCUGGAACAACGUCUUCUACAUGCUCAUCUCCGCUGACGUGCUGGCCUGCCUGUUCUUGUCCAGGCUUGUUUUCAAGGAAGCUCAGGGUUGGUGCGGACGUAUUCCCAGAAUCAGAGGAUACAAGGAAACUUGAAAAAAAGGAACAACAGACGCGUGACAAGCGCUCCUUACCAAUGCUGAUCACAUCAUUCUGAUUGACCGCAACUCAAGCAAGUCUUUCUUUUAAUGACCAAGUGGAGAACUCCAGUCUGCCUCUAUCGAGGCACUUCUCCUUUGAAACACACUCUGACGUGCUUAUUUGAAUAUUAUUUUAUCAUUAAAGUGUACAUACAUUUCA